UUUAAAACAGGAUGGGUGGCGCCAAAGCUUGACAACAAAGCGGCUGUUUGAUGUCGUAACGGUCGGUGACGCUCUGCUUUUUAAUUUAACACCAACUGUUAACAGUUACAGCUCAACAAUUCAACCCUAAAUGAAACCGACGACGUGAAGUCGGAGUUUGUCACUUCGACGUGGUUUUUUUCCUUCUUUGAAGCGGAGCUGAUGUCAACAUGGCUGCGAAGUCUGACCAACUUCUCAUCGUUGUGUCCGUCCUGGAAGGUCGGCAUUUUCCGAAGAGCCCUCGCCUCAGUCUGGUGGUCCAGGCGAGCUUCGACGGCGAACAUCUGGAAACGGAUCCAGUGGAGCAUCGAGAGCAGCCGCAGUUCAGCACCGAGCUGGCCUGGGAACUGGACCGCAAGACGCUGCAUCAGCACAGGCUGCAGCGGACGCCCAUCAAGCUGCAGUGCUUAACUCUGGACUCCGUCAGUAAGAAGAAGGAGAGCGUGGGCUACAUCGUCCUGGACCUGCGGUCCGUCCAGGAGGCCAGGCAGGAUCCCCGCUGGUACCCGCUGCUCAGCAGUAAAUACACCAAGCAGAAGGCGGCGCUGCUCGUCGGCACGCUGCUGGAGAACGACUCCAAGGCAGCAGCAGCUUCUCCUGACAAGAUCCGAGCCAAGAAGGCCGCGCCUCGACAAGCUUCUGGUCCGGUGAGCGACGCGCUGCCCGCCAGGCUGGAGGCGGAGCUUGUCCCGGAUCAGGGCUACCAUCAGGUCGGUCCGGCGCAUCGCUGUGGCGACAUGUUCAUCCUCUCCGUUACCGUCGCCUUCGCUACCAAACUGGAACAGCUGAUUCCCAGCACUAAGAAGCUGCCAGCGGAGGACUCCAGUUUCUUCUUCUACUACUCCCUGCUGGGGAACGACAUCACCAGCGAGCCGUUCCACAACCUGCUGAGUCCAGACUUCGAGCCGGAGCGCGCCUCCGUGCGCAUCCGCAGCAGCACGCAUGCGCUGCAGGCCUUCCUGACGCAGCAGCCCGGCCUACAGGUCCACCUCUGCUGCGGGAACCGCUCUCUGGGCAGCAGCGAUGUUUCGCUCUCCGCCCUCGCUGCCGCCGCCGUCGAUCUGGAGGCCAAGGGCGCCACGGUGGAGGGAGCAUUCGUCCUGCGGCCGCCGCCGCGCAGCAAGCUGCCGGCUCUUCCUGCGGAGCUGCAGCCGACGGUGGGCGUGGCCGUCACCCUGAGGAGGGAGGAGCCAGCGCCUCGGGUUUCAGGUGGAAAGGAUCCCAGCAGAGCUCCGCCUCUUCCUCCUGCUGUCGCUCCGACCCAGAAACCUGCUGCUUCGCCUCCUUCGUUCCGUACGGAGAGCGAGGCGGAGAGUCUGCUGGAGGAGCUGGAGCUCGACAGGAAGCUGGCGGCAGGUGAUGAAGGUGAUGCUCCUCUUCGUCACCCUGAAGGCGGAGCGUCCUCCGUCAGCGUCUCCGCUCCCAAAGUCUCCAUCCCCUCCUCCGCGCAUCACUACUGCUUCUCUCUGGACCUGCGCAGCCUGGCCAAGCUCGCCACGCCAUACCCCAUCGCCGCCAUGCUCAGGUAUUCGUACCAGUUCUUUGGCAGCUCUGCUCCCAUCAUGACCAGUCCGCCAGUGGAGCUGCAGAGAAACAUGGAGGCGUCGCUGCCGCAGUCCUACUGCGCCUUCGACUUCGCCGCGUUGCCACAGCAGCUGCAGGACACCUUCCUCAGGGUUCCUCUGGUCGUGGAGCUGUGGGACCGCGGCUCCUCCAGCAGAGACCAGCUGCUGGGCUCGGCCUCCAUCCAGCUGCACCAGCUGCUGAGCUCAGAGAAGACCCAGCUGGGCCCGACGGGGGACCCGGGCUGGAGGCAGACCCACCAGGACCGGAUCCCCGUGGUCCACCCGCAGCGGCCCUCGGAGCGCGUGGCGGAGCUGAGCUACGUGGCGACGCUGGAGGACCUGGGCUUCAUUAAAGCUAAAGAGGUUCUGGUGUCGGAUUCGAUCCAGGACGGAUGUCCCGCCGUCCCUCAGUCUUCUCACCCAGCGGCGCCCAAACCGUCCCUGCUGCCGCCGGCCCCCCAGGGGCCCGGGGCCCCGCCAGCUCCCCAGGCUACCAGGGACACCCUGGAGUACCGCGCGGCCCUGGAGCUGGAGAUGUGGAAGGAGGAGCAGGAGGAUCUGUUCGACGAUCAGCUGAAGCAGAAGGAGCUGCGGCACAUGCAGGCGCUGGCGGACGAGUGGAGGAAGAGAGACAGAGAGAGGGAGGCGCUGGUCAAGAAGAAGGAGCUGGAGUUCAACCUGCUGGAGGAGAAGCUGCAGAAGACGCUGUGUGAUCUGGAGAAGAGGGAGAAGCAGCUGGCUGAGGCGGAGCUGCAGACUCAGCGUCUGCAGCGGGAGCUGAGAGCCGAACACGACCUGACCCAGAAGGAGCUGCAGGAGGCCAGCAGGCGGCUGCAGAGGGAGAGCGACCACCUGGUGGCGCUAGAGAAGGAGAAGGUCCGGCUGAUGGAGGAGGAGCGCGGCCGGCUGCUGCAGCAGAUGGCGGACGCAGAGGCCCGGUACCAGCAGCUGCAGAAGGAGUUCCAGCUCUUCCGGGAGCAGCAGAACCUGCGGCCCGAGUUCAGACUGCAGGCAGAAGUCAACCUGCUGGCGCUGGAGAAGGUGGAACUGGAGAGGAAGUUGGAGUCGACCACCAAGUCCAAGCUGCACUACAAGCAGCAGUGGGGCCGCGCGCUGAAGGAGCUGGCUCGGUUCAAACAGAGGGAGCAGGAGAACGCCAUGGCCCGGCUGAAGAAGCAGCAGGCAGAGCUGGAGGCCAUGAGGCUCCGUUACCUAGCAACAGAGGAGAAGGAGGUGGUGCGGCAGGACCGUCAGGAGCUGGACGACAUCAGGAACGAGCUCAACAGGCUGAAGAAGCAGGAACAGGAGAAGUUAGGCCCCGCCCCCGCAGAGCCAGACUCCGCCCCCAGCCUGAACCUGAACGAGAGCGCGGAGGAACACCUGAGCCGCCUGCUGGAGGAGAGAGACACGCUGCUGAGGACCGGCGUUUACACGCACGACGACCGCAUCAUCGCUGAGCUCAGCAGGCAGAUACAGGAAGCCAUGAGGGACAGGAAGCUCUGACGGCCAAUCAGAGGGAGACGGCCGCCACACCGGCCAAUCAGAGGAGGACGUUUAACCUGACGCCCAUGGAGAGGAACUGAGCCUGAUUCAGCUCCGUUGAGUUUACGUUACACAGAAAUAAAACUUACAUUUGUAGUUUUUACAGCGUCCGAAGCUGCUCUGCUCUUUCUGAUUGGCCGAUAACUGAUCAGCUGGGAUCAAUAUUCAGCUGAUCAGAACCAGAGCUCUCAUGUUGAAGGUUUGGUUUCUCGUCAACAAACAGCAGGUGAGGGUGGAAGGUUUGGGGAAAAAACUUAAACUUAAUUCCCAUUUUCUAAGUCUGACUGUGUUUGUUCUGCCUCCACUUUAAAUUAAUCAUUUAAAAUAGUUUUAAUUAUUAAAAAUUAAUUUUUCCCCUGUGAAACUUAUUUGACCAUUUUUAUUUUUAUAAAGCCUUUCUGACUAAAGAAAUAAAUCUCUUUUCAAGGAAACAUCAAAGUGGAAAAUAAGUUAUUUGAUCAUUUUGUUUAGAAAGACAAGUGAAAUAUUUUCAGAUUUUUAUAAAUCUUUUAUUUUCUUAUCCAACACAGCAAAAUAAAACUUUUUUACACUCAGUGUUAGAGCAACGCUAAGAAACAAAUUAUGAGAAUAAAGUCACAUGGUUCAGCUAUUAUUAUGACUACUGGCGCAUUAUUCUGCCUUUAUCAUCUAUUAUUUUAUUCUUGUAAUGACGUUUUUCUUAUAAUUGUAAUAAAUUUGUAAGUUUAAGUUCUGAUGAGUAACAGAUUUAUCAUCUCGUUUGUUUUUGUGUUUCAGCUGCAAUGAAAAUACGUUUAAAAAUAUUUUUAUUACUUUAUGUUAUACAGUGGAGAGAAGAAAAACAUUUGGUCAGACUUAGAAAAUGGAUUCCUAAAACAAACAACAAAAAAUGUUCAUUUUGGCUUUCUGGGCUUCCGUAGAAUCAGCUAACUGAGCGCAGAAACGUUAAAACGUCAUCAGGAAAACAGAAACGUUAAUAAAACUUGAUUAAAACGUUUUCAGCUCUGAUCUGCAGCAGCUCAUAUGUAUUCAUACAGCUGAACUGAUUAUUGAUGUUUUCAGGAGCUGAGAUGCAGAAAAACAAUUUUCAGCAUUUUAGUAAAACCUCCUGAUUUCAUUCAAGCCUAAAUAAUCAUUUCUAAGAUGCUGAAACCUUCAGUUCACUAGAAAAAGUCAAACUGUUUUUAUUAACGGAUCAAAACAAAACGAGUCAGAAAAUCAGUUUUUUUUUCACUAGUUUGAAGUUUGAAGUUGUGAACUAACCAGCUGCUUCUGUUACACAAACAUUUCUAUUAAAAUCUUUCAUUAUUUUAUAACUUCAGAUGUUUCUGCAGCUUGAAUUUGAUCGUUGGGUCGAAUUUAAAAUGUAACAUUUCUCAGAAAUUAAAGUGAUCAUGUGACGUUACUGUGAUAAGGAGAAACAUCAGACUCGACAUUCGAAGCGUUUUUACUGAAAUAAUCGAUGUCGUCAGGAAAUGUUGAAGUUUUCUGUCCCUGAUGGAAGAGUUGGUGCCUGACAGCAGGGGGCGCUGCAGCCUCAUCAUUUAAUUUAUUGUUUUGUCUUUUUGUUUGGAAUAAAUUAUUUUUGCAUUAAA